UUUGUUCAGCACGAAAUUGUAAUGCUAUAAUUGGAGUAAGGAAAUUGACUUUUGAGCCCAAUGGCAUAUUUGGAAGCCUGAAGCACAGCCGCACAGCAGCUGGCCACACCGCUUCGUGUGCCAUAAUGUCGUUGACCGCACAAUUUGUGCGCAAUUUGCGAUCGUUUCGCCUGGUUACGUUCGAUGUAACGGAUACGCUGGUUAAGUUAAACGACCCUAUUGGACAAUAUGUGGCAACAGCUGCUGCCUGUGGCGUCGUGGGCUUGGACAAAUCCAAAAUGGCCGCCUGCUUCGGCCAGCAAUUCAAAUGGAUGAGCAAAACGUAUCCGAAUUUCGGCUGCAGCUCAUCAUCCAGUCCCUCCAUAAAGUGGCAAGACUGGUGGCGACAAUUGGUCACUCGCACAUUUGCCUGUGUCGACAAUCAAAUACCCAGCGAGAAGGUGGCCAUAAUAGCCGAGGAGCUGCUGACGCUAUUCCGCACUAGCGCAUGUUGGACGCCAGUUCCCGGUGCCCAGGAACUGGUGCAUCGCAUGCGCUUGGCAGGCAAAUGCGUCGGGGUUAUCUCCAACUUUGAUCCCUCGGUGGUACAGGUGCUGGAUGCAAUGGGCUUUGGCCAGCAGUUCGAUUUCAUUCUGUGCUCCUACGAAGCGGGCGUCAUGAAGCCAGAUCCGGGCAUCUUUCAGCUGGCACUGCGGCAGGCGAAGAUCUCAUCGGCCAAUCAGGCGCUGCAUAUUGGCAACAAGUACGACAUGGACUAUGCGGGCGCACGUCAAAGUGGCUGGAGCAGUUUGCUGGUCCAGCCCCAUCUCGAUGCUCAGCUCGAGGCAGCGGCGCAUCACACAUUUGGAAGUCUGGCGGAGAUGCUGGAGGCGCUGGAAACACAGGAGAUACGCUGGUGACCACGGACAUGUGUUAUUUUUACGCUGUUGUAUUUUAUUGGAUGAUGAAUUCUCUAGAGGAUUCUCACAGAGUAAUAGUUAACGACUAAAUAAAAAAAAAAACUUAUU